UUCCAACACCGAUGAUUGCAUUGCGUGAUCCAGUUCUCGCUCAUUCACCCAUCGGCCACGACGACUCUGCAUGACGAUACUUCUAUUCGGAAUCUCGAUCAUGCAUGUCUGGCACAAGCGAUCGUACAAUUUGCACGUCGUUUGGAUAUUACUCCAACACUCGAGUCAUUUAUUGUCGCGAACGAACAAACUUUGCGUGCUGCGAUGGUUAAUGGCAUAUGUUCGUGCCAUACUUUGUCAUCAUUAUCAUUUUUGCCACGCCGAUUGCGAACAGACGACGGCGUGACCCCUAAUAACAAUUCCCUUCGUCCUCGGUUGGCUUGCGCUGCACAUUACUGUCUCGUUCAUCUUUUUUUUAUCUAUUCAUUUCACCUGUCGUCGUUCAUGAAACUCAGAUGUCCUUGGCUGCAGGCUUGGGAGGAAUGGAAAAUUGGAGAAAAGGCCCGGGUGGCUUGGGAUUUCUCCUGGUUCUUAGUCAGUCACACACACUUUUGUGAGGAUAUACAACUCUCCGACACACUAUUUUGUCUCCCUUAUACUGUUGGGUAUUUUCUUGGGUUGAUGGGCUGUGUGGGAGAGGCAGGGGCUUUUGUGGCUUGCGUGUUUUGUAUGCCGACAUCGCAGCGGCGGUAAUGGGAAGCCGCCUGCUCGAGGGUCGAGCAGCGAG